UUGUUGGGUUUGGUGUUGGACGCAUAUAGAAGAACCCAGUUGAAAACAAGAAAGCAGUUUCUUAAUCAAAUGAGGUUGCAAUUGACAUUGAAUUCCUUUACAUGUAACCAAAAGUGAUUAUUAAUCUCAGCUUUCAGAUUCCUCCAUUGAAAUGAAAACGGUUCUAACGUCAUUUUCACAGUCCAAACUGAAAACAUCAAGCCCCAACCAAACACUCAUCUUCGUUUCAUAAACAUCGAUAUACUCUUUUUUUUUCUCCCCAGAUCUGACACUUAGAUGAUCAUUUCUUCGACAAGAAGAAAUGCGUAGCCGGGGAUCACAGAACCGGCUAUCUGGUGACUCGUUUGGAUCACGAGUUUCUGCUCUCAUGCUCGCCAUGAUUGCUACCAUGGCUACCGUUUAUGUUGCUGGCAGGCUAUGGCAGGAUGCGGAAAGUAGGGCAUAUUUUAUUGAAGAGCUUGAAAAAAGAACUGGUCAGGGUCAAUCUGCUGUUUCUGUUGAUGAUACACUGAAAGUUACAGCCUGCAGGGAACAACAGAAGAAGUUGUCUGUCCUUGAGAUGGAACUAGCUGCAGCUAGACAGGAAGGUUUUGUUCCAAAGCGUUUGCCAGGAAAUCAUGGGAAGCAUCCUACAAAGAAGGAACUUUUAGUUGUAGGAGUCAUGACAACCUUUGGUCGGAAAAAGAACCAAGAGGCAAUCCGCAAGGCGUGGAUGCCAACAGGUACACCUAUGAGAAAACUGGUUGAUAAGAAAGGCAUCAUUGUGCGAUUUGUUAUCGGAAGAAGUGCAAACCGUGGAGACAGUUUGGACAAAGAAAUUGAAACAGAAAGCAGUCUCACCAAUGAUUUCAUCAUUCUUGAUAAUCAAGUGGAGGCACCUGAAGAAAAAGCAAAUAAGAUAAAAUCUUUCUUCAUUUAUGCAGUGAGCAACUGGGACGCUGAAUUUUAUGCCAAGGUCAAUGAUGAUGUCUAUGUUAAUCUUGAUGCUCUUGGAGGAGUGCUAACUUCUCAUUUGGACAAGCCCCGUGUUUAUAUUGGUUGUAUGAAAUCAGGCCAAGUUUUCUCUGAGCCGACACAUAAAUGGCAUGAGCCGGACUGGUGGAAAUUUGGCGAUGGAAAAUCAUACUUUCGACAUGCUUCAGGUGAGGUCUAUGUCAUUUCAAAAGCAUUGGUUCAGUUUAUUUCAAUAAACAGAUUUAUUCUUCGUACAUAUGCACACGAUGAUGUAAGCAUUGGAUCAUGGUUUAUUGGGCUUGAUGUGGAACACCUUGAUGAAACAAAGUUUUGCUGCUCCUCCCGGUGGUCCCCAGGGGCAAUUUGCGCAGCAGUAUGACGACUUUCCACUAACAAUUAAAGUGACAGAAGGAUCUAUAGCAUACAGAAACCCGUUACUUCCUCCAUCAUCAUUUUUAUCUCAGGUGAUUUUCCGUUAUGAUAAUUUCAACCAGCAGUUGAUUCUGCCACUUGAAUGCAGGGAGCUGUUGGUUAGGAGCUAUGCCUCCUUGACAAUAGAUACUUACAUGCUCCUCAGAAUGUUCAAAGGUGUUGAGAAAUUUGCAUCAUGGUUGUCUGAUUUUGAGAAACUGUUCCUUCCCCAUUUAAACCAUCAUUUUUACCACAUGGAAUAAAUCAAAGAGAAUUUUGUAGCAACUUAAUUAUAGGCAAUAUUUUUUAAGUUAGACUUGAGAACGGCCAUGUUGAAUCCACACUUGAUUUUAGGUUGUCAUUCCUGGAUUAGACAAAUCUAAGCUGUAUAUAGCCUGUUGCAUUCAUGCCACUUGCGCAGUUCAUUUUUCUCUCUCUUAAUACAUGAAAAAUUUAAGCCA